UGUGCUGAGCUUUGGUGGGGUCGCAGCUAGAGGUUUGUGCACGAAUUAUUCGAGUGCCACAAAAAAGUAGUGCAAAAGUAAUUGUAGCCACGCACAGAACCCGUUGACAGAGAGCUCGCUGGCUGGCCUGGCUGACUGACUGGCCUGGCUGAGAGGCUGUCUGGCUGGCUGUUGAACCCGUCUAACUCGUUGGCUUUUUGGCCACUUAAUCCGCAACGCCCAGGCGCGACUCAAGGCAGCCAGCGGGCAGUUCGCCAGUUCUGAUUGGAACGCCACACAGCGCGGUUUAGCGAGCGCAGCCAGCGAUUGACUCCACUCGACUUGAGCACACGAACGCAUUGUUGGCCAGGAUGCAGUGCAGCUAUUGUGUAAUGCUGCUCGCCCUGCUGGCCGUCUGUCCGAGCAGCUGCCAAGAGGACAGCCGGACCAAGCGCGGCACCAUCACCCUCGACUUUGGCCUCCUGCUGCGCAAUCUGCUCCAGAAGAGCGCCGAUUUGUCCAGCGUCAAGGCGAACAUUACUCGCAAUGUAAUCAAUGCCAAGACGACUCGACGACCCGCCACGAUGAGAACCACCACGACGGCGGCGCCACCGACAACAACACCACCACCACCACCACCACCACCACCGCCGCCACCGCCGCCGCGACGCCGACCACCGCAGUUGCCUCGUCUGGUGCCACGCGCACGACCACGCCCACAGCCGCAGCCAGCACCAGCAGCGCGCCGUCCGCCCGCUCAGCUGGCGGAUCAGUUGAUCUAUCAGUAUGCACAACCCGCUGAUAUCUACUCUAAGCCCAGUUUCGUCGAGGGCAGCGCUGCGGCUGCGGCUGCGGCAGAGGAGGGAGCUGAGCCAGCGACAGGCGCCGGAGCAGCGACUGAUGAUGGCGACGUGCGCAACGAUGGUGCCGCAGCGGCAGAGCAAGAUAUUGAUGACACGGCGCAGCCUGGCAACUCCGACCCAGAACCGAGUCCCAAUCCGAAUCCCAAUUCGAAUCCCAAUCCGAAUCCCUUUGCCUACCUGGAGCAGCCCAACAAUUUCAAAUCGAGCCCCAAUGCGUUUCUGGUCAACUAUCCAGACGAUGAGACACUGAGCCAGCGUCAAGGCUUCAAUCUGAAGCCAUUCGGUUCGGUCAAUCUGGAUCUCAAUCAGCCGUCCAUCAACAGCUAUACAUCGCCAGGGUUGCCGUACUCCAGUUACUAUUUAAAGUGAGAUC